AUGAUGAUGCUGUUUGGGGCUGUCAAUCUGUUCCUGGACGGCCGCUGGACUCUGGGCUGUGGCCUCUACAGGCAAGUAUGAACCCUGGUCCUGCACAACUGGAGCCUAUCUCAGCUCAGUUCAACUCCGCCUCGAUCAGUUUAGUUUGGUUCAGUUCAGUGUGGGCAAAUAUGGCUGCGUUUUAUACAGGCAACCCAAUUCUGAUCUUUCUUUCACUAAUUGGUUUUUUGACCAAUCAGAUCAGCUCUUUUGCCAACAAUAGGGCAAAAGAUCAGAAUUGGGCUGCCUGUGUAAAUGCAGCCUAUGGGACGCUUUUCCUGAGUCGCUACUUCCAUCUGGUGCUCCUGGCUGCCCUCCUGCUAGCCCUGCUAUUGUUUGCCCUGCGUCGCUGGAAGAGGUGAGAGAGGUGGCUACUGGGGUUAUCACUAGGACUUGAGAUUUUCAUGGUCAGGACGAAAGUUUUGGCCAUAGUGCAGCCUAAAUUGAACCACACAGCCUAAAUGACAAGCACACCAAUGCUGAGUCUGACUAUCUCUGCUUUUUAUUGUUACCGGACUUUCUGAUUAACUAAACCAACUAAUUUCCCCUCAGGCCUGGAGAGAGCAUCAUGGAACUGCUGAAGGAGCCAGGCAAGCGAGUCAUCCCUGCCCAGAAACUCACCUCAGAUCAUAUCCUUUCCUCAGUAUGUGUCUCUGGAACCAUGAGUAGAAACACUGUACCAUUGUGGUGUUUUGUAUAUCUCUAACACUUAUUAGGUCUGUCUCUAUGGCCAUAAAGUCCCAGUGUCUAGUAUAUCACUUAAGAGUACUAUUGGUGGAAAUGGGUUGAAGUGUUCCAAAAGACAAUUAUAUUAGACCUUAACAGCCGAUCACAAUUGGUGCUGAUCCUCUUCACGUCUAACUUCAUCGGCAUGUGCUUCAGCCGCUCGCUGCACUACCAGUUCUACGUAUGGUACUUCCACACCCUACCUUUCCUUCUCUGGAGCGGAGGGGUCAAGAAGCUGGCUCACCUACUCAGGUAAGAGGGGAUGGGACAUACCUUUUGGCUGCAAUGUGUAGAAAUGGGCAGUGUCCUAACUUGCGAUGUGCAUUUUCAAAAAUAUUUUUAUUGACAUCCAUGUAGAAUUCAGGCCUAUGUUGGGAGCAGAAUUAGGAACUUAGGAACCAUAAAAUAUGAGCCUUACGUUAUGUCUAACAUGGUCUUUCUGUGGACAGGGUUUUGAUCCUAGGCCUGGUGGAGCUGUCUUGGAACACCUACCCCUCUACCACAUACAGCUCAGCAGCCCUCCACGUGUGUCACCUCAUCAUAAUACUCUCCCUGUGGUUCGCCCCCGCCCAGCCCCCAGCCCCGGCCCCCGGGGUAGAGGACAAGGCCAAGAGCAAGUGAGCUUAGCCCCUAGGGGAUCCUCCCGUCAUGGGGGUCUGGUCGACCAUCUCCACCCUGCUCUCACCCCAGGCUGCUUCUCACCCUUCGCCCUUUCUUGCCCAUCUGGCUGUAGCUCUGUGCUAAUGUAUAGCGUAACAUACAGGUGGGAGAAGGUACUGCAUGAGACUGCAUGUGGCAGGCACAUGCAGGUUUGUGGGGUGGGAGGAGGCCGAAAACAAUUAGGAUUCUCAGGUUAAAGAAUGAAAUAUAAUAAAGGUGGGAGUCUAGUUGUGAGGAGAAAUGCUGAAUGCUUUGCUGUGUCGUCGAUAAGAUAUCUUAAGGAAGGGUCUCUUACUUCCAGUAUGUAUUUUUAAUGGCGAAACUACCUUUAGUCCGUGAUUUGUCGUGUUAAGUAUUAUCACUGGUCUUGGUGAUAGUAGAGAAUAGUCAAACUGUUAGGACAGCAGUUCCUCAUCCUGGCGAUCAGCUGGUCUGAACUUCUGUUACUGGACUAUUUGUUGGUGUAAAGAUCCUGGUCCUCUGUAGCUCAGUUGUUAGAGCAUGGCGCUUGCAACGCCAGGAUAGUAGGUUCAAUUCCAGGGACCACCAUGUGUAAAAAAAUAAAUAAAAUAAUAAUAAUAAUAUGCAUGACUCAGUCGUUUUGGAUAAAAGCUUCUGCUAAAUGGCAUAUUAUAUUAAAGAUGGUUUCUAUGUUUUUGUCCUUAACUCCAUACCAGGGAAUUUCUACUACUACUUAUUAAUGAAGCUUUAAAUUGAAUCGUCCUCUGCGAUAAGCUUUUGGUGCCACCCAUUGGGUACAAUAGGAAUUACGUAGCCUAGCAAGCACAAGGCUUACUAUAGGCUAAUACAUAAUAAUAAUAAUAAUAAUAAUAAUAAUAAUAAUAAUAAUAAUAAAUGGCAUUUCAUAUAACAAUAUGACCAUGCAAAACUAAGCUGUUGACAAUCAUGGAUGUCUGUCGAUUAGUUUUUUUUAAAUGUUCAAAUAGUUUUUGGUUUUCAGUGUGGUGUGUGCAGUAGAACAAAUAGAAGGCCCGUUUCCCGCACCUAGAUUAAGCCUACCCCUUGACCAAACACGCACUGUACUUAUUUUAGGCUAAGAAUAGAGAUAGUUCAGUGAGAUAACGUAUUUCGAUAUUUUGCUGAGCUGUCCCUAAAAUCUGAGUACCGAACUGUCCCUUUAAUCUGAGUACCGAACUGUCCCUUUAAGUGUGAACUUUUCUAAUUAGCUGCCAUCGAUGAUGUUUACCAUAGUUUAGUGCUCAUAUUUGUUUGUUGAUAGUGUAUGUUUGAUUUGCAUGAGUGUUUGUGUUACACAUGAAGACAGAGAUUGGAGAUUUAUUCCAAAGGUGUUUUAUCCUGUUGAUAAAGAGAAAAUAAAAUGCAUAUCUGUGUAAAGAAAUUAGAAUUUAAUGUAAUUCAGUCAUUUGAUUCUACACUAAUGCGAGUUAUAGACAUACUGCCCAGUCAUAUUAUAUUAUUAAUAGGUUAUUCAGCUAAGAUUUAUUUUAGCAGUGACUAAAAUAUACUAAAAUCAAAGUAAAGCUUUAGAGAUGAUCAAGUCUCUUCAUUUAUCUAAUGCAAUGGCUUUAACAUGAUCUUUGCACUGGUAAAUAUGGCAUGGGAUUCGUAGACAGGGCACAAAGGCAUUAGUAGCAACAACCAGAGCUGUAAAUAGCAUUUUUAAACUGAACCUAAUUAAAAACUAUAAUUUAAGGUGGGAAGCCCAGCAUGUUUCUAUGGAUGAAUCAUCACUAUCACUUUACAGUGGCUUGCGAAAGUAUUCACCCCCCUUGGCAUUUUUCCUAUUUUGUUGCCUUACAACCUGGAAUUAAAAUUGAUUUUUUGGGGGUUUGUAUCAUUUGAUUUACACAACAUGCCUACCACUUUGAAGAUGCAACAUAUUUUUUAUUGUGAAACAAACAAGAAAUAAGACAAAAAAAACAGAACUUGAGCAUGCAUAACUAUUCACCCCCCCCAAAGUCAAUACUUUGUAGAGCCACCUUUUGCAGCAAUUACAGCUGCAAGUCUCUUGGGGUGUGUCUCUAUAAGCUUGGCACAUUUAGCCACUGGGAUUUUUGCCCAAUCUUCAAGGCAAAACUUCUCCAGCUCCUUCAAGUUGGAUGGGUUCCGCUGGUGUACAGCAAUCUUUAAGUCAUACCACAGAUUCUCAAUUGGAUUGAGGUCUGGGCUUUGACUAGGCCAUUCCAAGACAUGUAAAUGUUUCCCCUUAAACCACUCAAGUGUUGCUUUAGCAGUAUGCUUAGGGUCAUUGUCCUGCUGGAAGGUGAACCUCCAUCCCAGUCUCAAAUUUCUGGAAGACUGAAAUAGGUUUCCCUCAAGAAUUUCCCGGUAUUUAGAGCCAUCCAUCAUUCCUUCAAUUCUGACCAGUUUCUCAGUCCCUGCCGAUGAAAAACAUGGUGUUCUCGGGGUGAUGAGAGGUGUUGGGUUUGCACCAGACAUAGCAUUUUCCUUGAUGGCCUAAAAGCUAAAUUUUAGUCUCAUCUGACCAGAGUACCUUCUUCCAUAUGUUUCGGGAGUCUCCCACAUGCCUUUUGGUGAACACCAAACGUGUUUGCUUAUUUUUUUCUUUAAGCAAUGGCUUAUUUUUUUUUCUUCCACAGGAGGGAAUAAAUAUUAUUUGGGGGUUAGAGUAGAGAGUAUGUACUCAGUAGCAUACUACAGUGUAUUUCCCCAUUUGUUCACCCAAGUUAAAUUAUUUACAUUCCCCACUAGGGGGCAGUGUUGUCAACUACCGUGAUGUCACUUCUCUCACCUUGGGCUGCAGUCUCCUCCACACCCAAGAACUCUGUGGUUCCACCUGUCACCUUGGCAACGCCCUGUAGGAGCCUCCUGCAGGCUCGGGGGCCCAGGACAAGCCCAAAGCACCUGGGAUAAUAACAAAAUAACCUCUUAUUCAGUUAAUACAGAGAGAGAGAGAGAGAGGGGGGGUCUUUAAAGGAAAGGGGGAUACCUAGUCAGUUGUACAACUGAAUGCAUUCAACUGAAAUGUGUCUUCCGCAUUUAUCCCAACUGUGUCCUUCCACAUCUAAACCGGAGUUUACCUGAGUUAGUAACUACACACAGCUGUGUUAAACACAACACUGAGAGCAAUCAAAAGCCAUUUCACUAAUUGCAUGGUUGCCAGGGCCACAGGCCAGACUAAUUGAAAAGGCCAAUAGACAGACAGAGUGUUGUCUUCUCAAAAUGCAGCUACCUCUGUCUGGCAGGACAGACAGACUUUGUCCCACAUGAAUAUCAACACCCACCAACCCUCCUGCCCACACACACACACACACACGUUAUUGCCACAAUAAUAAUGGUUGAACCUACAGUAUCAGUUUUGAUCAAUAGUAGGUUGUAAAUGCUAAAAUGUUCACAUUUCUACUGAUGUCAUUCUACCAGCUGCCAUCAGACAGUACCCUACCUGGCAGCACAGGUGUUCCUGCGGACCAGCUCCAGCACCUUGCCCACACUGCUGACGCCGCAGUCUGUGAUGAUGAACAUGCUGCUGGUAGACCCAGGACAGUGCCCCCGGCAGGUUGGUGCCCCGCAUGUCAACCCUCAUCCUCGAUGUAUUCACAGGCCUGGGUCAGGGUCACCUGGAAAGGGGGGAGAGGGGAGGGUGGACAGAAGGGUUAAUGCCUAUUGGUUAAUAUUGAAGGACACAUUAUAUAUAUUCCCCCUUGGAAUAAAUUAAACAGACAUAAUCCUAUAUUAAUGACGUUAGAAUGUAAUCAAGCCCUGUCCAACCUGGAAUACAAACCUAAAGCCCAUAGACCAGCACCUGCACCUGCCUAAAACCAAAUCACAAAGUGGACACAUUACCCAUGAAACGAGUCCUAUAUCGACAUAACCUGAAAGGCCGUUCAGCAAGGAAGAAGCCUCUGCUCCAAAACCGCCAUAAAAAAGCCAGACUACGGUUUGCAACUGCACACAAAGAUCAUACUUUUUGGAGAAAUGUCCUCUGGUCUGAUGAAACGAAAAUAGAACUGUUUGGCCAUAAUGACCAUCGUUAUGUUUGGAGGAAAAAGGGGAAGGCUUGCAAACCGAAGAAUACCAUCCCAACCGCGAAGCACGGGGGUGGCAGCAUCAUGCUGUGGGGGUGCUUUGCUGCAGGAGGGACUGGUACACUUCACAAAAUAGAUGGCAUCAUGAGGAAGGAAAAUUAUGUGGAUAUAUUAAAGCAACAUCUCAAGACAUCAGUCAGGAAGGUAAAGCAUGGUUGCAAAUGGGUCUUCCAAAUGGACAAUGACUCCAAGCAUACUUCCAAAGUUGUGGCAAAAUGGCUUAAGGACAACAAAGUCAAGGUAUUGGAGUGGCCAUCACAAAGCCCUGACCUCAAUCCUAUAGAAAAUUUGUGGGCAGAACUGAAAAAGCAUGUGCGAGCAAGGAGGCCUACAAACCUGACUCAGUUACACCAGCUCUGUCAGGAGGAAUGAGCCAAAAUUCACCCAACUUAUUGUGGGAAGCUUGUGGAAGGCUACCCAAAACGUUUGACCCAAGUUAAACAAUUUAAAGGCAAUGCUACCAAAUACUAAUUGAGUGCAUGUAAACUUCUGACCCACUGGGAAUGUGAUGAAAUAAAUAAAAGCUUAAAUAAAUAAUUCUCUCUACUAUUAUUCUGACAUUUCACAUUCUUAAAAUACAGUGUUGAUCCUAACUGACGUAAGACAGGGAAUUUUUACUGAGUUUAAAUGUAUUUGGCUAAGGUGUAUGUAAACUUCCGACUUCAACUGUAUCUGUUGCCUGGUGUAAUGUUUAUAUAAUUGUCAAAUAAAAUAAAAACAACUUUACACUAUGUGAAAGCCAUUUAACAAAGGCAAUAAACCUAAUCACUUUAGCUUCAGUCCUCUGCCCCAUCCUACAAGACUAGACCAUUAUGUUAAAAGGGAAUUAGGUAUUCUCAAGUAAAGAGUAUUUGUAUUCUGGUAGAGAUCCUUUAUCCUUCUAAGGUGUAAGUAUCUGAAUGCAUAACCUACAAAUCACAGGAGGCUGGUGGCACCUUAAUUGGGGAGGACAGGCUCGUGGUAAUGGCUGGAGUGGAAUGAGGGGAACGGUAUCAACAACAAACACAUGGCAGCUCAAUAUGAAUGAAUCCUUUUAGCUUUUUCUGUUUCAUGUUUAGCCUACUUGCUCUGAGUUUUUGUUUAUAUAUUAAUGCACAUAUACCGAACAAAAAUAUAAAACGCAAGAUGCAAAAAUGUCAAAGAUUUUGCUGAGUUACAGUUCAUAGAAGGAAAUCAGUCAAUUUAAAUAAAUAAAUUAGGCCCUAAUUUAUGGAUUUCACAUGACUGGGCAGGUGCACAACCAUGGGUGGGCCUGGGAGGGCAUAGGCCCACCCACUGCCAGCCAAGGACCUCCACAUCCAGCUUCUUCACCUGCGGGAUCUUCUGAGACCAGCCAACCGGACAGCUGAUGAAACUGAGGAGUAUUUCUGUCUGUAAUAAAGUCAUUUUGGGGGGAAAAACUCAUUCUGAUUUUGGGGGAAAACCCCCCAUGGCUGCGCCCCUGCCCAGUCAUGUGAAAUCCAUAGAUUUGGGCCUAAUUAAUUUAAUUCAAUUGACUCAUUUCCUUCUAUGAACUGUAACUCAGUAAAAUCGUUGAAAUUGUUGCAUGUUGCGUUUAUAUUUUUGUUCGUAUAUGUGCAUUAUUAUAUAAACAAAAACUCAGAGCAAGUAGGCUAAACAUGAAACAGAAAAAGCUAAAUGAUUCAUUCAUAUUGAGCUGAUUGUUUUUAUUGUGUGGAAAGUAACUGCAGGGAUAUAUAUACAAAGGGAGUAGGCUACAGGCUACUGCAAGAUAUUUCCUUUAAAAAAAAAACUUUAUAAAAUGCUAAAUUAAUACAUUGCCUUGCAUUAAUUUACCGUGCUUCCUGCUUCUCUGUGGUCACCGCGGUCCCGUUGUUUUUCUCCGGUUCCUCUCUCGGCGCUUUGCAUCACUCCAUCCCACUACACAUUUUUCUUCGGUUGUUGUUAAACGCAGGUUAGCGUUUUUUGUCAUGAAUCUUGUUCUGGAGGCAGCUCUGCAGUGCUCACUAGCUGGCACAGCCACAAAGUCAUUACAUCUGAUUUUAAACCUAACCCUAACCUUAAAUUCAGACCAAAAAGGAUAUUUUUGUGUUCAUGAAUUUUUGCAAAAUAGCCAAUUUUGACUUUGCAGCUGGCCUAUCUAUCUAGCUAAGGGAAAAUCGCUCAGCUCUGCCUCCAGGACAAGACUCAUGACAAUAAACGUGAACCUGGUUGUUAACCCUGGGUUUUAACCAGUAAUGGAUGGACCCUCUGCUCCUCAGCUCCUAUUUAUCCACACGCGCAUUACGGACGGUGCAGAGCGUGUGCGUGCAUUGACACACACACACACAAACAUUGUUACUUAUCUGAUUGAGCAAAAAGUGACUCACCCCCCUUUACUGUAAGGACAACUAUUAUGAUUGAUGAGGAUUCACUGACAGGGAAGACAUUAUGAACAUAAAUAAUAUUAUUCUUAUUCAUUCAGAAUAGUGUAGCUCAGUGGGUAGAGCAUGGCGCUUGCAACGCCAGGGUUGUGGUUUCGUUUCUCAGGGGGUGGCCAAUAUGAAAAAAAUAAACGUAUGCACUAACUGUAAAGUCGCUCUGGAUAACAGCGUCUGCUAAAUGACUAAAAUGUAAAUGUAAAUAAUGCUUAUUCAUUCAGUAUUAGUGUAUAUAUCGAUAACAUUGGAACUUUGAAGUUGUACAAGUAUAGUUCCCAGUAGUUAUUUACCAAUAAACCAGAAAUUAUGCAAAGAUAAACAUGUGUGUCUGUUAUUGAUCUACAAUCAGCCCUACAUAUCCCAUCCUUACCUAUCACCAUUAUAAACCAAACAGAAACACAGCUCCUGGGUCAGUUGCUGUGGUGGACAUAAUUCAGGCUGUCUGUUCUGUGUCCAGGCAAUUGGUUCUGACUGUAGCCCAUAACUCAAGAUAAUGGCUGACAGAGCCAGGAGAGCAAAUGAUCUGGGUCUGUCUGUCUGCCUCUCCUCAACAGGUCACAGUCAGACACAGUCAGGGGAGGGACCUCUGACCUUCUCAUCCAAUGGGUUUUAAGAAGGAGGCGACGAGAGAGGAUGCGAGGAAUCAAGGAAACACAAUAGAUUCUCCCAUAUACACUCAUCAGCUCAUUUAACUGCACUGACCUAUAGGUCUAAUCAGUAUAGAACAUGCCUACCUGGAACUCACUUUCAACUAUCACUCAAACAUUCACUGACCUUUAAGUCUCGACAGUCUAAGCCUGAGGUACUGUGAAGAAACCAUGGUAACAGGGACAGUAUGUGUUUAUAUUGGUACUGGCAGGUGUUGCACCUGAUAUGGUUGUUAGGUUAACGGGAAUACAGGUUCAAAGAUGUAACCUUGAGUAUCAACCUUGCCUCGGGGCAAUUCGUAGCAUGUAGGAAAUACAUUUGUGACCCUUCAUUUAGUAUGAUAUGAUACUCAACUCCACGAUGUAUGAUGGAGUUGAGCGGCUGGCUACCCUCCCUACGAGCUGUGGGGUCACCCACCUAACAAAAAAGCAUCGCAACAUAAUAGGGUAGGUUGACAGCCAGGUUGACCAGCUGUGGUUAACAGCACAAACUCAGAGAUACAAAAAUGCAUCAAUAGAAAUGCGCAUAGAAUAGCAUAACCUUCAUACAGGUUAUGUUAGAUAUAAUCUCUGUCACCACUUACGAGAGACUAUGCUGUAUACUACAUUACUUUACUAAGCCCUCUUCUCAAGUGACUGCAGGUCGCUCACCUUGGCUUAGGGCUACCGUCUGGUGGUAUGUUCCACUUGGUUGUGUCUCCCGACGAAUUGGAAACUGGAGGUUGUCCUCUUUGGAGCCGCUCCAGACACUUUUUCAGAUGAUCAAUCUGCUGCAACCGGAACAACUAAAGAGCUUAGUCAGAAUAUUAAACAUCUCCUUGGGGUCUUCACAUCCUUCAGGUCUCAGCCAGAUCUCAGUUUUUAGCCUCUCCCUCCAGGUGGUUAUAGGGUUAUACAGGUAAAGAGCCUGGCUUACAAAGGAACCUUGUCUGAAUACACAGGAAGUGACCUCAUCUAUCCAAUCUACAAUGGAAAUAGAACCAUCUUUACCAGAAAAGAUUGGGUGUUCUCUCUGAUGUACGACCCUCCUCUUUCUCUUCCUCCUCCCUCUCUCUCUCUCUCUCUCUCUCGCUCCUGUCCCUCCCUCCAGCCCCCUUUCUCUCUCUCUCUUCACUCAUCACUCUCUCUCUCUAUCUCUCUCGUCUCUCCCUGAGAUCCUCGUGCCCUCGCUUCUCGAGCUCUCCUGAACCCAGCUGUCCACCUCCUCACACUCCGCUACGGCGCAUCUCUGCUCGUCGAGAUGGUGGUCCUACUCUCACGCCUUCACUCCUGCUACAUAUCUACGAUCGUUCGUCGCUCAUAUCGCUCUCGUCUCAUUCUCGCUGGAUCUGUCCCUCCCUCAUCCCUCUCUCGCUCAGUCCUGUCCCUCCCUCCCAUCACCUCUCUUCUCGAUUCUCUCAUCCUCUCUCUCUCCUUACUCCUUCUCCUCAGAUUCUUCCGCUCCUGUCCUACUCUCUCUCUCUCUCUCUCUCUCUUUCUUGCCCCUGUCCCUCCCUCCCUCUCUCUCUCUCUCUCUCUCUCUCUCUCUCUGACCCCAUCCACGUCCACCCUGGACAUGGACCCUCUGGGGGAGGGGGAGAUGGGGGGGAGGGGACAAGAGCCUCACCAACCAGAGAUACUGACCAUUGCAGCCAGAGACUGUUCUGUUUUAAGACACAGGCUUCAUCUCAAUAGUUUAAAGUGGCAUUCUCUCCUUGUCUCCUUUCCUCAGUCUGCACUGCCUUUGAACCACUGA